ACAGUGUGACAAGCUGUACAUCUAUGUUGCAGUCAUGUUUCUCUCUGAACUACUUUUCACAGUUUUCUGUUGUACUUUCCUACGUACCUACAUGUGCACAUGCAGAGCUGCAGUCGGCACCACGAACGUACAGGACGUCAGCGUCAUGUCCUUCUACGAAGUAGAAGAGCUUUCGUGUGUGAAUAUCGGUUGGUCAAACUGGACUCAUCGACUUCAGAACGUCUUUAGCGCUAACAAGCUCGUUCUCAACUACAAAGACGUUGCCGUCGGAAAGUUCAAUAUCACCGCGAUUGCUUACGAGGCCGUGUCUGGUAAUGCGUCUCAUGCAGUGUUAGUUGAAGGCUCGAAGGAAGCUUUGCAGAAUGUCGGCGUCGCGCUUCUCUCAACUGAGGUUCCUGUCAUUGCGGUGCCACCUAGUCAUUCCUGGUUCAGCGAGGGACACAAAGUACCAAAUGUACUUGUUCCUCGUUUUGGACAGAGUUUGAAGGGUUUUGCUGCUGUUGACAUGGUGAAACCGCCAUCGGCUGCGUCUACAGAGUUAGUUACUAUUUAUAGAGGAGCCCGUUCCAGUCCAGAACUAGACAUGGUCAUUGAAGCUCACAAGAGUGCUCCGGGACUUCACUUGCAUCAGUUUGUUCUAACGAAGGAAAUUACUGAGUUGGCGGCUACUUUAUCUGGAGUUGAGGACAGUGGUGAAGUCAUCUUUGAUAGUUCCAUAAUUGACUGCCCUUUAGAUGUGUUUGGGGGACUUGUGAAUUUGCUUACGUAUCUGCCAACAAAUACGGUGAUCCAUACUUAUCAUGUUGUUAUAUUUCUUCAAGAAUUUUAUGAAGUCGCGGAAUGGCCUUUUCUGUCUGAUCUCUCAUUGAUGACGUCUUAUAUAUUUGCUUUUCGUCAGCGGGUUCCUGUAAGGCCCAGCAGGGAAGAGUCACACUGGUCUGAAUAUGAUAUCAAUGCUGCUGUGAAAUAUGACACAUUGGAAGCACUUGCUAAUGCCAGUGCUUGCAUUAACUUGACAAAUUUAACAUAUGUAAAUAUUAAGGCAAAUAAUGAAUCAUUUCCAUUUACUGUUUUUAAUGAAGGCCUGCAGGUGGUGAAACGUCUUGAAGAAAUGUGUAUAAAGGGGAUGGCUGGUAGUCUGGGAUUUACUACUGGGCAUAGGCUUUCUCCUGAUUGCCUGGAUGAAUCUCUUGUUGUUUUUGAUAUAAUGAAGCUGACAUUGUCUGACCAUUCAAAAGAGAGAUAUCCGCAUUGCUUGUCAAAUUGGGAUGUUGUUGGAAAUUGGUCUAAAUCUGAAGGUCUUCAAAUGAAUGAGCAACUGUGGACAUUGUCAUUAUCACGUGACACCACUGUUCACUCGUUACGUGUUCUUGUUGCUGACUUUCAACCAUUUGCAUAUCAACAAGACACUAGAAAUGGAUGGAGAGGGAUAGAUUUUGAUCUUUUCAACCGUACUUUUGAGACUAUUCAGACUGUACUGGUUAAUCAAAUAGAUUUUAUUAAAUGGAAUGGGUCGAGAGACUCCAUUAGUCAUAAUUUUAUGACAGGCAACUAUCAAUACGAUAUUGCUAUUGGUGGUAUCCCAGUCAGACCCGGAAGAGAGCAAAUAUAUAGCCGAGCUUAUUUUACUAGCAGUUUGGGGAUAAUGCAGCGUUCGACUAACAGCAAUGGCAACUAUAGAUGGAGAUUCCUUUCCCCAUUCACAUGGACUGUCUGGUUGACUGUGUUGGGCAUGAUAUUGCUGAGUGGAUUUGUUUGCAGAUGGCUUAAUUUGUCUGGUGAUUAUUCUCAAAGUAUCUGGUUGGCAUUCUCCACAGUCUUUUUCUUACAGGAGAAUCGCAUUGCUGUCAUGGCUAACCCUUGGGGUCGCAUUUUCAUCGUUGCAUAUAGCUUGUUUGUUCUAGUCCUCACAUCAACGUACACAGCAAAUCUUGUCUCUUUUUUGUCACCUAUGCCACCAUCUGCUGCUGUCAGUUUAAGAGAGCUUGUUCGAGUACCAGUUGUAGCUCUCAGUUCAUCACCUCACCUAGAACUGCUGCGGGAUUCGGCUGCAUUAAAGAACAUCCAGACAGCUAAUAGCAUACCUGAGGCUAUAGAGAGUCUUCGUAAUGGCACGGUUGAUGCAUUCUUGAGUGAACAUUCACUAUUACUGCACAUUCUCAGUGUGGCUGAUGCCGAGUGUGAUUUAGCUGUGGUGAGAAGUGGUUUCUUCAAGCAGCAGUUUGCUUUUGCACUAAGCCAGAACUUUUCUUUAUCACAUGGAUCAGAUCUUGAUAGUGCCAUCCAAGAUGCUGUCACUAGUGGUUUUGUUUUGGAGUCAUAUCGACGUCAUUUACUGUCUCAUGAAGUCAGUAGCUAUAAAUGCCCAACCGAAAACUCAUUUGUUGAGUCAUUUGACAAUCCCAACCAAGAUUCUAAUGAAGAGACACCUCUUGACUAUGACAACAUGGCAGGGAUUUUCAUUAUCACUGUCACAACAGCAGCGCUGGUACUAAGUGCAAGGAUUAUUUUGUUGUUGUGGAAGCAUCGGAAGCAAAUCAAAGUAGCUUUUGUAGUAUCUGCAUAAUUUCUCUUAUUUUUAGAAUUUGUCUCAUUUUACUACUUCUACUAGCCACCAAACAGGUGCUUAUGACAUGAGGAAUUGAGUACAGUGUAGAUGAUAUGUAGAAUUUAGUUAUUUAUAUGUAUAGAUGAACGAGAGCUGUCUGUCUGCUUGUCCUAUCUUUCCAACAUUUUGCAUAUUAUGCAAGAAAAGCAGUAUGAUAUAAAAACACACGUACAUGCAGACAAAUGACAUAACUAACACAAAAUCACUCAACCUACGUAAAAUAUUACCAUACCAUAUCCAAUCCGUCUCCAAGAUAACUAGUUCUAUAAACUAUUAGCAAUGCUAGUCCUCUCACAACUUCAUUUCUUGACUGUGUAGCCCGUUUAAGGACUUUAGCCUGUAGAGUUUUCAUCUUAACAGAUGCCUCAACGAAUCCACGAAUUCUUUCUAUUAUCUAAGGAGUCUCUUUGUCUCAUACCAAGCCCACGACGAAUACCUUUUCGAUACGUUGUGACGAUCUCUACUAGACUUCUUUCAAAUUUCCACAAAUGAUUGACUUCCCUAUGCAAGAACUGGAAAUAGUUGACUUUCCAAGAUCUUCAUCCACACACUCUACUUGAACAACUUCCACCAAGUAGUCUCAUGACACCGUUCACAGCAGCAUAAAAUUUUCUUUUUCUUGCCUCC